UAUAAAAUUGAGGCAAGCGAGCAGAUUUUUGGACUUUCCGUGUUCGGUUUGCGAUCUGUUUACUUGCCGAGAUGAAGCUGACGCUAGCAAUUUUGUUGGCGAUUUGCGGAUUGCUUGCCUUCACAACGUCAGCACCAGUUGGCGAAGAGACAAAACGCACCGGUGACGUGGUCGCUCCGUCAGUUCUUUCACAGCCUGACGGCAGCGGUUUAGCAGCAGGUCUUCCUGGAGAUUUGUCAAAAAUUAGGGAAAAAUUUAAAAAACGAGCAAAAGGCUUUUUAAGUCAAAUGAACGUAAAAGUCCCAGACGGUAUAGUGCCUGAUGGAAAAGAUGGACCAGCUCUACCUCCAACAGGAAGAUUUCCUUUAUUAGGUCAAAUUAACGCUCCUUCCGAUGGCUCGGAUUCCGGAUCUGACGUUUUCACAGGACCAUUAGGAGGAAAGUUUACACUGCCAAAGCUUCCCAACGUCGGAGAUGAGGUGAAUGGAGCCAAUGGCUUUCCUAACUUGGGAUCUUUUGGCAAACCAAUGAGCUCUGGGGGCUCAGAUGGACCAGAGGGUCUCUUCGGAGGAAAGGACGGUCAGGGUGGAGUUCCGGAGCAACUUGGGCAAGUCAUGAAGAACGCAAUGAAUAAGGUCAGGGGCGUCUUUUCUCCGCAGUCAGUUAAUGGGAAGAUCGAGGUCAAACCUGCUGGUGAAAAUACAUCACCAAACGAUUCCAAACCUGCAGAAGCAAAUAAUGAUUCUGGAACUUCUCAAGUCUUGGCUGCAAAACCGUUCAAGAUAAUAAGGGAGAGGAUUAACAAACUAAAGAAAAAAUUUACUAAGACACAGGAGUAACAAUUUAAAUCCAUUAAUAGAUUUUAUAUUAACCUGAUUGAAAACAAAUAAAAUCUCAUUGCAUCUAAAUUAAUGAGUUUUU